GUGUUUUUAUUACCUCUGUGAUAUGCUCCAGAGGCAAAUAUAAAGCUAGAGUGCCAACACUGUAGAUUUCCCAGUAGAUCAAGAGGCAGCAAGUUGUGAAGAUGGAUCUACUCUCUGGUGUGUCUGCUUCCUCUGUGUGGCUGUGGCUGGACAGCCGCAGUCUGCUCAUUUUCACUCUGGUCUUCUUGGUUGUAGCAGAGUAUUUAAGGAACCGUCGGCCCAGCAGCUUUCCUCCAGGACCCUGGGCAUUUCCUCUUGUGGGGAAUAUGUUCUCCAUUAACUUCAACAAUGUCCAUAGAGAAAUGACAAAGUUAGCAGAGACAUAUGGGAAUGUGUUCAGCCUUAAAAUGGGCCCCUCUUGGAUGGUAGUGUUGAAUGGCAUUAGCACUCUACAAGAAGGUCUACUCACCAAAGGAGACAUCCUUGUUGACCGCCCAAUACUUCCACUCCAUGCUGACGUACUCCCCAAACUAGGCAUUAUUUUUACCAAUGGUCAUAUGUGGAAAAAGCAAAGGCGAUUCGCCCUCUUCACUCUCAAAUAUUUUGGACUUGGGAAGAAAUCCCUGGAAUCUUCCAUACUGGAUGAAAUCACUCACAUGUCCAGAGAAAUUGAUAAUCAUAAAGGCAGACCCUUCAAUCCACACAUCACCAUCAAUAAUGCUGUCUCCAACAUCAUCUCCACACUGGUUUUUGGUCAUCGCUUCAACUACGGUGAUCAGAGGUUUAUAAAAUUUUUGAAGUUGUUUGACAGAGCGGCCCAAAUAGAAGGCUCCAUUUGGUCACAGCUGUACAAUUCAUUUCCCAUGGUGAUGAGGCGUUUGCCGGGGCCGCACCACACUGUUCAGAAGAUUUAUGGUGAAUUCAUAGAGUUCAUGAAAGCUGAAAUCAGUGAGCACAAGAAGGACUGGGACCCUUCUGAGCCCAGGGACUUCAUCGACUAUUAUUUGAGUGAGAUUCAGAAGAACACAAAGGAAACACUGGAUGAUGGCUUUCAUGAGGAGAACCUGGUGAUGUGUUCGUUUGAUCUCUUUGGGGCUGGCACAGAGACCACAUCUACCACCCUGCGCUGGGGUUUGCUCUACAUGGCAAAGUACACUGAGAUUCAGGAAAAGGUUCAGGCUGAGAUAGACCGAGUGAUUGGACAGUCCAGACAGCCAUCCAUGGACGACCGUGCAAACAUGCCCUACACUGACGCUGUCAUCCAUGAGAUUCAGAGGAUGGGAAACAUAGUUCCUCUCAGUCUGCCUCACAUCACAAGCAGAGACCUCGAGCUGGGAGGCUACACAAUCCCAAAGGGUGUUACUGUAAUUCCCAAUUUGACAUCAGCGCUGUUCGACAAGAAGGAGUGGGAGACACCCAACACCUUUAACCCGGGACACUUUUUAAAUAAGGAGGGCAAGUUUCUGAAGCGAGCUGCUUUCAUCCCUUUCUCUGCUGGUAAGCGGGUGUGUCUUGGGGAGAACUUGGCCAGGAUGGAGCUCUUCCUGUUCUUCACCUCUCUCAUGCAGCGCUUCACCUUCUCAAUGCCUCCCGGGAAGGAGGUUGUGCUAAAGCCCCGUGUUAGCAUCACUCUUUCGCCCAUCCCCUAUGAAAUUUGCGCCACACAACGUUAAAUGUGAUACACCCCCUCAAGCUUUCAUUUUCCAGUGGUAUUUCAGAAUAUCAAUUGUAAUAUAUAAAGCAUUAUCGUAAAGCUCUUACUAUACAUUACAAUUAGUGAAGUGUCACAAUUCUAUUUGUGGCCUAGUGCACAUUUUAAAGCUGCAGUUAUAAACAUUUUGGCCACUUGGGGGCAGAAGAUGUCAGCAACUAGCUGAGGGACGCACAGCUUGACAUAGUAUCACCUUAGACUAUUGUCCAAUGUAAAGUCUCCCUUUAGGGCUGUUUUUGAUUCAUCUUCAGUCUAAAUCAUCAUCAUCAUCAUCAUAAUAAUCUGAGUAGUUUUAAAGUAAUAACACAAAAAGGAAGAAAGGAAAUGUUGCCUUACUGCGUUGGCACAGAGAUACCUGGAGGUAGAGCUGUAUAUUGAUAUGCUUCAUCCAAUUUUAUUAACAGUGCUUUUCACUUUGUCA